AGCAGACAGAACAGAUUGUUGCUGGGGUGAUGGGGGUCCUUUAAUAUCCUACCGGCCUUCUUCCUACACCGCUGGGUGUAGAGGUCCUCCAUGGAUGGCAGCUCCGUCCUGGUGAUGUGCUGAGCAGUUUUCACCACCCUCUGUAGAGUCUUACGGUUGAGGGCGGUGCAACUGCCAAACCAGGCGGUGAUGCAGCCAGUCAGGAUACUCUCAAUGGUGCACCUGUAGAAGUUGCAGAGUAUCCUGGAGUCCAUGUUGAACUUCCGCAGCCUGCGGAGGAAGAAGAGCCGCUGUCGAGCCGUCUUGGAUAUGACCCUGGUGUGAUGUGUCCAUGUCAGGUCCUCACUGAUGUUUACCCCGAGGAACCUGAAGCUGCUGACUCUCUCCACAGGAGUCCCGUCGAUGGUGAUGGGUGUGUGUGCCUCUCUCUGCCUCUUCCUGUAGACCACAAUCAGCUUGAGAUGGAGGUUGUUGUCCUGGCACCAAGAUGUCACUGCACUGCCUGGGAUCUGCCCGUCAGGAAGCUCAGGAUCCAGUCACAGAGGGCGCUGUUGAGCCCAAGGUCCCUGAGCUUAAUGAUGAGCUUGGAGGGCACAAUGGUGUUGAAUGCUGAACUGUAGUCAAUGAACAGCAUUCUCACAUAAGUGUUCCUCUGGUCCAGGUGGGAGAGGGCAGUGUGGAGGGUGAGGGAGAUGGCAUCAUCCGUGGAUCUGUUUGCUCUGUAGGUAAACUGCAGGGGGUCCAGUGAGUCAGGGAGGGAGGAGGUGAUAAAAGUUUUGACUAACCGCUCAAAGCACUUCAUGAUGAUGGAGGUGAGUGCAACUGGGCGGUAGUCAUUGAGGCAGAUGGGUUUUGUCUUUUUGGGGACAGGGACAAUGAUGGACUCUUUAAAACAUGUGGGGACUACAGACUGGAGCAGGGACCUAUUGAAAAUGUCUGUGAACACAUCUGCCAGCUGAACUGCACACACCUUGAGAGCACGGCCAGGGAUGCCAUCAGGUCCAGGAGCCCUGUGUGUGUUGAUCCUUUCCAGAGAUCUACACACAUCUGCACUGGUUACAACCAGUGAGCAGGGAUCCUGGAAAUGUAGUUUAAAAAGAAACUUGAAGUGAUUUAAAUAUAUAUAUAUAUUGUAAACAAAAUGUUUGUACAGUUAAUACAUGUAUAAGAUAUUCAAGACCACCAUCAGGUAAUAAUUUGUAUUAUUAGUAUUAAUUAGUAUAAAUAAUACUGAUUAAUAGGCCUACUUGAAAAAACCCAGUUCCACCUGAGACCAGUAGAGGGCGCCAGAUGACUGUGCAAUAACCAGUAGUAAGGCUUUUACUGAUUUCCAAUAUAUAGGAACAAUUAUUACACAAACUAAUGACAAACUUAAUCCAGCUAUCCUUCAAAUAUAGUGACAUACAUAUAAUAUGAUUAUACAAAUGUUAUAAACUACUGAAAUGGAAAUGUGGACAAAACUGCUAAAAAACUAAAACGAAAUCACCUCAAUUAACAAUUAAUACUUCGCCUGUGUCCAUAAAACAACGUCUUCCAUCAUACAAUAUUAUCUGUUCGAGAUGUUAAGAGUAUUGAGUGUGUAUUUCCUGCAGAAUGAAGGAGUGUCGACGAUGUUAAAACGCGUUACAGCAGAAAGCCAUAAUGCACAUAGCGUCACCGUACGAUAAUAAGAAUAAAAGCUAUAAAGUUAAACUUAUAAAACUUGUCUCAGUGUUUCCUCUCUUCUUCUCGUCACCACGUUACGUACGCAGCGUGCCUGCAGCCAAAUAACAUGGAGUCCUCCGCCUGGCAUCUUCCAGGGAUCCCUGCGAAAACCUGAGCUCCGAUCACAGGGAGCAAGUUUGUGCAUUCACAGCCGGCCGGAGAGCAUCGUCCCCGGCUGCAACCAAGCUCCAGCCCCCGGCCUGAAACUAUGCCGAGCGGUGCAUAAAGCUGCCUCCCUCUGCGACCCGCAAACCAGGCCGAUUUCAGAGCAGAGGAGGCUGCACAAUGUAGGAGGUCUGGUCACCAGCGGGACUCCAUACUGUUCUCUGGGGGGUGGGGGGGACCAUGGAGCAAGAACACCCGACCCCAGGGACCAGCUAUGGGCCCCCAUCCUCCAACACAGCACAAAACCCCCCCACCUUCCUCAACUGCACCAUACAGUCCUCAUGUUCUCCAAAUGUGAGAGACGGCCUAAUGUCUGCCAAAUGCUUGAAGGGCCAGGCUGAAGAUGAGGGCCUUGAGGCGGGGAGGAUCUCACAGAGGAGGCCCUCAGCCUUCCCUUCCUCCCUCAGCUGGGACUCGGACUCUGAGAGGGAAACACUGGAUGAGGAAGAGCUCCAGCACUUCUCUAACCCUCACGGUCUGGCUGCUCAAAGCCCGGGAUCUCCUUCUGCCGGACUCAGACUUGACAGUGAAGACGACCAACAACCUGGAAAAGUGCAGCACUUGCAUACCAAGCCUGACUCAUCUCCCCCUGUGGAGGGGCACGGUGACAACAGCGAGAGCACAAAGGCAGGCGAGCCAAAUACAUCCCAGCUCGGCCAAACAGACUACACAGAAGUGUGGAAUGUGUCUGAGGAGCCGUUUCUUUCCAAAGUAAAACCAAAGGAAGGUUGCCAAAUGGAAGAGGACGCGGAUAAUAGCGAGGCAGAGAAGAGGCCCAAGGGAAAGGAAACCAAGGAGCCCGAGAGAGAUGUGUACACCUUCCCGGGAGACUCUGACCCCGAGAGUCCCCCUCCCGCCCCAUGGGCCCAUUGCACAUUUAUUCAGCGAUGCAGAAAGAAGAGGGUGUUGCUCAGGCCCUUCUCUGGACUUGGCACUUUGAAAUGCACAUUGCCCGAGCCUGGCAGUCCUGGAGAAUCAAACACCACCGAGGCGAAUCGAGGUGGAGGGUUGUAUGGUUUUGAGGAGGUAGCAGAGGACGAACAGAAAGGAGACGAAGAAGAGGCAGAAAAGGCGGGUAAAGAUAUCUUCACCUGUGUGGAAUGUAGCAUCUACUUCAAGAAGCAAGUCCACCUGCAGGAGCAUAUAGUGGAGCACUGUCAGAGCGGCAGGCGUUCAGGAAAGGGCGGACGUUUCCGGUGUGCCGAGUGCGGCUGGAACCUGGCCAAUCGGCUCGCACUGGCGGACCACCACAGGAGGCACCAGGAGUCCCGUCUAAAGAUCCUGGGGGAGAUUGAGAAACUGAAUGAGAAUGGGAAGGCGAAAGAGAUUCUGGACAGUAAGACGGUGAAGCGUGUGAGCUCAGCUGUUGCGCAAGGGGCAAGCCCGGCCUCGAUUCCAGGGAAAAUGUCAGACCCAGAAAUAGUCGCGUCUCCACCUCUUUCCCCAGUUUCAACACCACGGGCAGACUCAGCAACUCCUACGAGUCCUCGAGCUCAGGCCCGCCGCCGCUUCGUCUGCACCACAUGUAACUUCAGCACAAGAACCCCCCAAGCACUGGCUAAUCACGCCAAGACCCACAACCGAAAGAAAGCCGCUCUCCUGGCCGUCUCGCCGUCUCCCGGUUCGCCUUCAUGUCUGGCGUCCGCUUCCCUGACCUCCAGUCAAACUGUCAUGAGGGAACACCAGAAGCUUGUUCACCCCGGAGACAAAACUAGAACUUCAAACCCCAGAUUAGACCCUGGCCUCUUCUCUGGGUCUGGGUCGCCCGAUGCAAGUCAAGGAGAAAGCCCGGAGGGAGUCCCCGCCUCCGAGGACAGCAUAUUGCCUAACUCGUCUCCAAGCCGGGUUGUUUUUAGACGCGGCGGGAAUCGGAGCUACAGCAAAGGAGGGAAAUGUUGGACCGAUCUUGCCAAGUUCCUGGAUGACGACAAGUUGACCGGGAGUGAAGAAGAGUGGGAAGAAGAGCAGAGCACAGAGCUCGAUGGGGAGAGAUCCAAACGAGACUCUAAUUUACUUAUUGGAGGGAAAAGGCUAACCAGAGCACAAUCCAUCACAGAGGAUUGCUCAGCACAGACCGCCACCCUAUCCCUCCCUCUGAAGAAGUGUGUGAAGGACGACGACGACCUGGAAGUGGAGAAAGAUGGACAGCUUUUCUUUUUGAGGAGAAGCCACCGGGUUCCCGCCACUCCGGCAGAAAUCGACAGCGAUGACGACGACGACGACGACAUCAUCGACGAAGAACGCGUGCGGCGUUUCCUGUCCAAGGGAAUCUUGUACGUAGACUCGGACGAGAUGGACGAGGACUCGGAGGUGCUCAGGAGCGUGGAGAGGAAGUGCCCCUACUGCCCCGAUCGGUUUCACAACGGCAUCGGGCUGGCCAAUCACGUGAGAGGUCACCUGAACAGAGUGGGCGUCAGCUACAACGUCCGUCACUUCAUUUCCCCCGAGGAAGUCAACGCCAUUGAGAGGAAGUUCUCCUAUCAGAAGAAGAAGAAGAAAGUUGCCAACUUUGACCCGGACACGUUCAGCGUGAUGCACUGCGAGUUCUGCAGCGCCGGCUUCGACACUCGGGCCGGCCUGUCCAGCCACGCCCGGGCUCACCUCAGAGACUUCGGCAUCACCAACUGGGACGUCACCAUCUCUCCGAUCCACAUCCUGAGGGAGCUGUUCCUCAGCAGGCCCGAUCUGGUAAUCCCCACCGAUCCCCCUCGGAGUCAUGCCUCUUCACAGGAGGAGGAGGAGGAGGAGGAGGAGGAGGAGGAGGAAGAUCAAGAGGACGAAGAGAAGGAGAGGAGAAGAGGGGAGGGGGUCGUUAAGGUGAAGCUGGAGGGGGAGACGGAGAGUGACAGGACGCUGAGAGCUGAUGUUUCUGAUGCACUGCCUUCAGGAUCUCCUCAACGGUGCAAGAAGGAGGACGGUGAAGAAGAGAGCGAAGGUGAAGAUGAGGAAGCAGCUGAGGACGAGGAGCAGCUCCAGCUUCCAGCUCCGGAGUGUCUGAGCUCCGGGGAAACCGGGCAGCGCGGCUUGGACUCGGAAAGCCUCUCUCCCGGGGAGGAUGCAGACUCCAAGGUGCACUCCUUGAAGUGUGAGGUGUGUGGAUCUCAGUUUGCCACGAAGCGGGGUCUCUCCAUUCACGCCCGCUCUCACCUACGCCGGCUGGGCAUCAGCGCCUCCGAGAAUCGGGGUGCGUCCAUCGACAUCCUCCGCCAGAUCUCCAAGCGGCGAGACGCGGACCACCAAAACAGCUCCUCUGUGCCGGAGCCCCUUUCAGUCAAGAACUCCUCCUCCUCCUCCCCGUCUGAUCCUCGGGAAGAUGAGGCGCUAGAAGACAUGGACUUAGACGAGAAACCCAUCCCUCUCUCCCUCCUGGCCAAAGCAGCGAAAGCAGUGCCGCCCUGCUCCUCUUCCCUCACCCCGGCGCCGUCUCCGGUCGCCUCUCCGGCUCCUCUUCGCUCUGGAUCCCCUUCCUCGGUGGUGAGGAAAGCCCCCAUCUCCUCUCUGCUGCCGGUGUCUUCCCCCUUACGUUCCCCGGAGCACAAAGCCGGGGGAAUGAAAGGCUUAACCUCCAGCCUCUCCUCCAACAUCUCUACCAAACCCAUCUGGGCGCCGCAGGAGAAUGACGCUCCGCUCAACCUCACGCUGGAGGUGGACCCCAACAAGGACAUCGUCUGCCAGCUGUGCGGCGCCUGGUUUGAGACUCGGAAAGGUUUAUCCAGCCACGCUCGAGCCCACCUGCGUCACUUUGGGGUGGAGUACUCUGAAUCCAAGGGCUCUCCCAUCGACCUCCUGCACCAGCUCAUCGACACCGACGACUUCAAGCACAAAGCCGGUGCGAUGCACCUCGACCACGAGGAUCCACGGUCCCCCUCCCUGCUGAGCCUCUCCUCCUCCUCCUCUUCAUCCCUCCUCUACAAGGUGACCACAGCGCGGGGCGGGUCGACAUCCAAAGCUACCUCUGCCUCAUCGUUACUCGGCCCGCCUGCCAAGCGCCUCAAGUCCUCUUCCAUGCGGGUCUUCCGCCUGAGCAGCGGGGAGCUCAUGGCCCUGCCGCACAGCGAACCUCCGAAGGAAAUAGGCUGCGAGUUCUGCGGGGAAUACUUCGAGAACCGUAAAGGCCUCUCCAGCCACGCCCGCUCCCACCUGCGCCAGAUGGGCAUUACCGAGUGGUCCGUCAACGGCUCGCCCAUCGACACCCUGAGAGAAAUCAUCACCCGACGGGGCCUGCCUUGCGCUCUUCCUCUGAAACCUCUCAAAUCUCCACCUCCGUCCUCUCCGGGACCCCCUCGCUCCCCUCUGCCGACCUCCUCCUCUCCUUCCUCGACGCUCCUCGGCCGUCUGCCCUUCGCCUUCGCCCGGCCCGCCAGCCCUCUCCAGUCGGCGGCGUCUAAAUCCAGCUCUGCUCCACCGACGUCCUGUAGCGGGCUGAUCCUCAAUCUGAAGCCCGAGCCGGUGCAGAUGGAGGUCACGGCGCCUGGGUCUGUUGGAAGGACUUCGGGAUUCUCCGGUGACGCUCUGAACUGCAGCUGGAGCAGCUCCGACAGCGUGUUCCCCCUCAACCUGGCCAUGUCCCAUGAGGUGGAGCCCACGAGGGAUAUCCGCUGCGAGUUCUGCGGGGAAUACUUUGAGAACCGUAAAGGCCUCUCCAGCCACGCCCGCUCCCACCUGCGCCAGAUGGGCAUCACCGAGUGGUCUGUCAACGGCUCGCCCAUCGACACCCUGCGGGAGGUCAUGCACAAACGAGGGGGGGGUUCGUCCUCCCGUUCGGACCAGGGAGUGAAGAAGGAGUCGAGCCCGGGUGCCAGCAGCCCCUUAUGGGACAACACAGAGGGUUUGGGCGUUUCUGGAUACCAGUCCUCCAAGUACCGGAAGUCCCCGCUGAGUUUGUUGCAAUCGGGGUCGAGGUUCCACAAGCAGGGCCUGGGGUCCGCAUCCGUUACCCCACCUGCAGGGAAGUUCUUCAGGGUGUCUCCACUGGGAAAAAGGCCUCUGUCUGAAGAGGGCCAAUCAGUGGAGACCACCCAUUCCCUAAAGACUUUCUCACCACUAUCACAUGACUUCUCCUACAAAAGAAAACCCUCCCCCGACAAGCAUGGACACCAGGAUCCCAGCUGCGAGCUGUGUGGCUUCUACUUUGAGAACCGUAAGGCUCUGGCCAGCCACGCUCGGGCCCACCUGAGGCAGUUUGGAGUUACUGAGUGGUGUGUGAACGGAUCUCCCAUCGAGACGCUCAGCGCCUGGAUACGCAGCCGGCCGCAGAAGGUGUUGGAGAUGCAUCGCAGCUACAUGCAGGGAAACCGCACCACCCUCAAGAAGAAGAGCAGCUCACCUCUCACUGCUUCGACGGAUUCUGAUCAUAUCCUCCCCAUCUCAUCGCAGAAGACCUCCUCUUCCUCCUCCUCCUCCUCCUCUUCCUCCUCUCAGUGGUCUUCUUCUUUCGCUGUGAGCCUGGUGCGGCCUCUGACCCGGGAAGUCGGCCAGGGUUCUUCCAAGACGGCCGAUGGGGAAUCCGGCACCGACCUGAACUCUCCAUUCAGGCCCGGUCGUGGCAGCCCCAGCCCGUCGCGGCUCACCGGCCUCCCGCUCCAAGCACAGGUGGCACGAAGCGAGCUGAACGUCCGCCUGCCCAGAGGUUUCGAGCGCCGACCCUUAAAGCACCCGUCUUGCCCCGAUGGAACGGAGAGUCCUCCUAAACCCCCCCGCACAGGCACCGUCCCCGCCCUGGUGCCCAAACCCCCGUCCUACCCAUUGGUCAAACUGGUGGGCAAGUUCUACACCCUGAAGUGCCGGUUCUGCGAGGUGGAGUUCCACGGCCCGCUGUCGGUGCAGGAGGACUGGAUCCGACACCUCCAGCAGCACAUCCUCAAGAUGAACUACACCAAGCCUGCCGCGCCCAAAACCCCUUCCGCCGAACCCCCGGUGGAUGAGCCCGCCCCGGUCCAGGCCUCCACCUCUACCUCCAGUACCACCGCCACACCGACGCCGACCCGCACCACGGCUCCGAACAGCCGAUCCUCAACGCCUCCUCUGGCCGGGUGUGCUCCGCCUGCCACAGAGACCCUAAAGGUCUCAGAGGAGCAGCCCACCCUCUCUCCAACUCCCAUCCCCCUCCCUACACAGACCGUGUAAAAUCAUCCCCUUUUUAUGUUUUUUCCUGCCUUUUUUUAUAGCAUCUUUUCGUCCAUCUUUCCUUUGGCCUUCACAAAGUGUUGUUGCGGAGGAGUGUGUACCCUCCAAAGAGCCCAGAGCACCUUUUAGAAGCAGACUGUUACCGAGUCCCGUUACGGGGACAAAGCGCUCCUCGACUGUCCGCGCACAGGGGGAGUCAACGAGGAGGGAGGAAGUGAUGUUUUGUGUUUGCCUUGUUUGUAUUGAAUGUCCAGGUGUUAACGUGGACCGUUGCUGUAUUCCCCCCCUGUAGAGUGGUGCAGGAAUGAGUCCUUGAACCCGGACAGAAGUUAGCAUUUUGGCACUUCCUGUUUAGCUCGUCUCAAAGUCAGUCGUUAUGGUUGGAUGCCUGAAGGGAAGUCCGUGGGCAACACAAGCUAAAGAUAUAUCCUGCUGCCAAAAAUACGUCAGUUUAUACUCCACUCGUGAAUGUCUGAAGAUUUUACGUCAUCUUAAAAACUUGCUGACAAGAUGACACGACUAAUCGGCAUCACGUCGAACAUUAGCCGCCUUUAGCUUAGCGGUUGCGACCGUGAUGUAGUUCUUUUAUAGGGUAACAUUUUACUUCUGGUAACAUGAUUUAAAAAAGAGUCAAUAUGUGGAUGUUAUCCUGCUAAAUACAACCUGUAAGUAUCAUAAAAGUGUGUUCGCCACAGAUUGCUAUAGAUCCAAUAUCCAAAGCAUAAACAGCUUUGACUUUUUGCCGUGGGAGCAAUGCUAACUUCCGGUUCGGCCUAAAAAAAAACAUCGUGCACCACUCUAUCAAAUGGGAGAUUUCGGGGUUAAUGAAGCCCCUCCAUUCCUCUCCCUUUUAAGAAUGAUGAGACGUUUAUCCUUUUCUAUUCGCCCAAAGGUCCCGACUGAGAUUUAUAAUUAAGCUAGUCUCGCGGUGGAGACGUCAAACAUUGUGAAAACAGGCACUUUUUUAAUGUUUUUGUCACUUAGCACUUAUUGAAACGUCCGUUAUAAAUGGGCAAAAUACAACUAAUUCCAAUUGGUUAAAAUAGCCAGUAGUGGAAGCACACCCAAAAAGGGAGCCUUGUAAACUUUAUAAUGGAACUCACCCCCCCCCCCCCCCAAAAAAAAGCAUACAUGUUGCUUGAAUGUAGCUUAAAGCACCUAUUAAGACCUUAUAUGCACACAUUUGUACGCAAUCAAUGCCCCGUGUUGCGAUACCAUUGAUAGAUUGUGACAGAGCUGCUGUUUGUUAAUCUCCCGUUCUGAAUGGGAGACGCAGGGCCAUCAAAAUGUUACUCUUUCCAUUGACCGCGUUGCCAUUUUUCUUCCUGCCUUCUUUUUCCUCAGCUCUACCCAAGUUUCUAUUUAUUUAUUAUCAUGCAGCUGAAUGUGGUGAGCUAGGUCAUUUUAAAAGCUUAAGUAGAACUUUGGAAUGUUUGAAAAUAGGUCAGCUGUGUGUGUGUGUGUGUGUGUGUGUGUGUGUGUGUGUGUGUGUGUGUGUGUGUGUGUGUGUGUGUGUGUGUGUGUGUGUUUUUGUAAAAACAUAGCUAACGUGCAUUGGUUUCCCAAUCGAGAGAGGAGGACGGAAGUAAACCUACUGAUGGGAAGCAUCUCCUUAGCUCAGAGCAGACUAAACCUGGGUCUGUUUGGACUUAAAUGCAUCCGGCGUCAUGUUAAGGUGUGCCAAAGAGUCCGUUUACUUCCCGGUCUUGCCUCUGUAACAAAAGCUGUUUACAUUGGACCUGAAGGUGGAGGAAACUCUGCACAGAUAUCGAGUUCCCGCUUAAAAAACGGACCGAUCUGCAUCCACUACAUGCACAGCAGAAAGAGCAGAAGACUUGGCCUUCACGGGCCUCCUGUUAUUAUUCCAAUUGAACGUGGAAGACAAACCAAACUUGCUUUCGAUCGGGGCUCGCCUUGGAUCCAAACCCAGUUCUUCUUUCCACCCUGCUUCAGAGUGCGUUUAUAUAUCAACCCACGGCUGAAGCGAACACUAAAGGCUCCUCGUUUGAAACAUGACUGUUCGAUCCAAACCUUUUACGAAGUAUAGAUACAUACUAUAUAACUACAUGUACUUUAAGAAGCUGUUGAUGCUAGUAGAGCUAUCGGCAGUUCUAUUAGCGAGGUAGUUAAAAGAAAAAAAAAAGAAGUGAUCUUAAUUCCUCUAUCGUGAUUUUAUUUCAACCUAUGUAUUUUUUAUUGCUCUGUGCAUUUCUGUAUUUGCAGUCCAGCAAAAGGUGAAUCUUUAGAGUAUUUUUUAUUUCUUAGUCUCUCCAAGGUGCUGGUGAGAAUGUCGCAGGUCAGGUUGGCGAAUGACUGAACGUGAGGAAGACAUUUCAAUGUGAUUGUCACGUCCCGGUAUGACCAGGACUCUAAAACGCAGGCCUUUUAAAGGGGAACACUUGUAGAGAUAUGAUCCUAUUCGGCUGCAGCUUUGUGGCUGACUGCUGUGGAAAUACAGGCGUAAGAGUUCCCUUUAAGAGUACCUGAACACAGCUGGUGUAACGGCUGCUUAGUGUGUUUGUAUGUGUGUGUAUGAGUGUAAAAAACCCAGUGAGAUGACUCUAAGCGGAAGAAGAGGUAGAAGCAGUAAAGGAUAGAACCGUACUGUACACAAAGGGUUAAGUUAAACUCCAGAACAAACAAUAAAUGUGAUUUCAAUUACAC